AUGCCUUCGACUACCACCCUUGCGUUCGCCUCGAUCUUCGUCCUCGCCAGCAUCGUGGCCGGAUAUGUCUACGUGUUCGGCAUUCCACCCGAGAUGAAGCGAAAGCUUGAGAAGCAAGCACUUCAGACUAUGGGCGAGAAUAAAGCGUCCUACAUGAUGAAGGACACCAUCGGCAAGAUGCCAGAGUCGGAUCAGAAGGAGCUCAACGAUGUGAAGAACACUGUCGGCGGCGUAGCUGGAGGCGCGCUUCAGAACCCGUUGGGUGACAUGGCCGGGGAGACCGCAGACGAUGCCACUAAAGGCUUCACUGGCCGCUAG